GGAAUUCCACUGGUUCUGGGAGGUCAUAGUCCUUUCUGUGCUGUGGGGUUACUCAUUAGGCAACAACUGAGCACACGCUGGUUUGCAGAAUGUUUUUGUGUGGCUGCUGCUGUGCAAGAUUUUGAAGAGCUUUCAUGAGGAGCUCUGGAACGUGGAUCAGGAAUGCCUCUUCGUGUGGCCGUGGUUGGGGCGGGCAGCUCAGGCCUGACUUGCAUUAAGGCCUGUGUUGAUGAGGGCUUGGAGCCUGUCUGCUUUGAAAGCAGUGAUGACAUCGGAGGCUUGUGGAAAUUUAAGGAGCUGUCUGAGCCAACACAAUCCAGCAUCUACCGCUCUUUGGUGGCAAACACCUCUAAAGAAAUGACAUGUUUCAGUGAUUUUCCCAUGCCGGAUGACUACCCAAACUACAUGCAUAAUUCCCAGCUGUUGCAGUACUUCAGACUCUAUGCUGAGCAUUUUAACUUAAUCAAAUACAUCAACUUUCAGACCACGGUGAGAAGUGUUACACAAAGACCGGACUUCUCUGUGUCGGGUCAGUGGGACGUAGUGACGACAAACAAAAGCGGAGAUCAACAGCAUUGGAUCUUUGACGCGGUUCUGGUGUGUUCAGGACACUACACCCAUCCAACUUUACCUCUGUGGGAUUUUCAAGGGCAGGAGGCUUUCUCUGGCAAAUGUUUGCACAGCUGGGAAUAUAAGGAUGCAGAGCUCUACAAAGGGAAGAGGGUGGUGGUGGUCGGCCUCGGCAACUCUGGAGGAGACAUCGCUGUAGAAAUCAGUAGAUCUGCAGAAAAGACAUUUCUCAGCACUCGACGUGGAGCCUGGGUAAUCGGUAGGAUGGCUGCCAACGGUCUUCCUCUGGACAUGACAGCCAUCACCAGGUUCAACGGUUUCAUAAUGCCGCUGCUUCCCCGGGCUUUUGUGAACUGGGUGACUGAAAGGGCACUAAACCAGAAAUAUGACCACAAACUAUAUGCUUUGAAACCCAAACACAGAUUUAUGGACAGAAGACCUUUGAUUAAUGACGAUCUUCCGGGCCGAAUCCUCCAGGGGGCGUUAGUCAUGAAGCCCAACCUGAAGGAGCUCAAGAGUACAUCAGCCGUGUUUGAAGACGGCUCACAGGAGGAGAACAUCCAUGCUGUGAUCUUUUGUACAGGUUACAAAGGAACCUUCCCUUUCCUGGACACCGCUCUGUCAGGAGGAACACACGGGGAGUUGAUAUUGUACAAAAGAGUCUUUCCACCCUCCCUGGAACACCCCACUUUAGCCGUCAUGGGUCUUUUCCAGGCUAAAGGACCAAUCAUCCCAGUAGUGGAGAUGCAGGCUCGCUGGGCUGUUCAGGUCUUUUCAGGUUCAAGCCGUCUUCCACCUAAAGAAAGGAUGCUAGAAGUCAUUGAGUCUGAUAGAAAUAGGAAUAUAAAAAGCUAUCCCUGCCCACAACAAGCUGCUCUACAGAUAGAUUACAUACCGUACCUGGAUUUCAUGGCUGCUGAGGUGGGUGCUCGGCCAAACCUCCUGAAGCUGCUCCUGACAGAUCCUGUGCUCUGGAUGAAUGUCUUCUUUGGUCCCUGCACCCCGUAUCAGUACCGCCUCACUGGACCUGGACAGUGGACAGGUGCUCGACGUGCAAUCCUGACUCAGUGGGAACGGGUCGCUAAACCUUUCAGGACCAGACCGGAGCUACAACCUGAGCCCAAGACACACUUUCUGUUUUCUCCCUGGUCAAUUGCACUUGUAGGAAGUGUGAUAGCAGCAGUGCUUUUGUCUCCCAUGAUGCAACAUGCAGCUUUCCUGGGGAACUCUUAUCUCCCUGGCUUUUGACAUGGAUAAGAGGAUCCAUUGUAAUAAAGAUACAUAAAUAAAAGCAGGUCAACUAAUUACAUUUUAAGCUUGUGGUUUACAUUUUAUUUAUCCCUCCUGUCAUGUUUGGGUCAAAUCUGACCAAUUUACAACCUAAAACCCUCAUAAAUGUUGUGUCUUUCA